UUCAAAAAAAAAAAAAUCGGCACGUCAAAUGAAACGGUUAAAAUUUUUAAGGUGGUGAUAAAAAUGUAGUGAUGCAUGAAACUGAUUACGUAGACAUCAAUGAAACUCAAUUGAAAAAACAAAUUGCACAGCAGCAAUUUUAUCACUAUGUAAUUAUUGGAAAUUUUGAAUGAAAAAAGUGACACAAAAUUUGAUUGAAAACAUGGCACUAAUUAAUUUAUUACAAUUAUUAUUAAUUUUAAUCACGACAACAAAUGCUCAACUUCUAGAAGGAUUAUACUGUGGUAAAGAGAAUUGUUACGAUGUUCUGGGUGUUACACGUGAAUCAACCAAAUCCGAAAUAUCGAAAAAUUAUCGUCAACUCGCACGAAAAUAUCAUCCGGAUUUACAUCGUACCGAAGAAGCGAAAAGUAUCGCUGAAGAACAAUUUAAAAAAAUCGCCACCGCUUAUGAAAUUUUAAAAGAUGAAGAAACACGCACCGAUUAUGAUUAUAUGUUAGAUAAUCCCGAUGAAUAUUACGCUCAUUAUUAUCGAUAUUAUCGACGUCGUGUUGCACCCAAGGUUGAUGUUCGUAUUGUGCUAGCUGUAACGAUUACAAUUAUAUCGAUUAUACAAUAUUAUAGUGCGUGGCAACGUUAUGAAGAAGCGAUUAAAUAUUUUAUGUCGUUACCGAAAUAUCGAAACAAAGCAAUGGAUUUUGCACGUCAAGAAGGUUUAAUGCCAAAUCCAAAAGCGACGAAACGUAAAAGUAAAAGUGAACAAAAAGAAGAAAUGGAAUCGAUAAUACGAAAAAUCAUUGAAGAAAAUAUGGAUAUUAAAGGUUCAUAUGCAAAACCACAAAUCAAGGAUAUUUUAUGGAUUCAGCUGUUAAUAUCCCCUUAUACCCUAGUUAUGUAUUUCGUGUGGUAUGUGUCGUGGAUCUAUAAAUAUAAUUUGUUAAAACGACCGUACGGUACCGAAGAAAAAUUAUAUUUAAUACGAAAAUAUAUGAAAAUGGGACAACAUCAAUUUAACGGUUUGGAAGAGCACAAGAAAGAGGAAUUCUUAGAACGGGAAUUAUGGAUUAAAGAGAAUUUUACGGCGUGGCAAGCAGAAGAGGAAGAAAAUAUGAAAAAAUCAUUAGCGGAAAAUUCGAAAUAUAAAGCGUAUCGUAGAUAUAUUAAAAAUCAUGGUGUUAGUCGAAUGACUUUCGAUGACUCUUAAAAAUUAUUGUUUUUUUUCUAAUGUUUUUUUUAAUAAGUAGAAAAUUUGGUUAAAAAAAAAUUUUUAAGUGUUUAUUUUUUUUUUAAACGGAUAUUUUAGGUCUGGAACCAGUCGAAGUAUUUGACAGUAAUUUCAAAGCGGCUGGAAAUUCGAUUAAGGUUAGGUUAGGUUUGAGUGGCUGUCCUGGGGUGGGACACACUUAGACCAUAGGGUCCGUUGUGAUACUGUAAAUGGGUUG